AUGGAUAACCCCACCAAGGCCCAGAUGUGGCUGACCUCUAUAGAGAAGAUCUUCAGGUACAUGAAAUGCCCUGAUGACCAGAAGGUUCAGUGCGCAGUUUUCUUCCUAGAGGAUAGAGGCACCGCAUGGUGGGAGACUGCUGAAAGGAUGCUGGGUGGAGAUGUCAGCAAGAUAUCCUGGGAGCAGUUCGAGGAGAGCUUCUAUGCUAAGUUCUUUUCUGCCAAUGUGAAGUACGCGAAGCAGCAAGAGUUCCUGGACUUGGAGCAAGGCGACAUGACGGUGGAGCAAUAUGACGCUGAGUUUGACAUGCUAUCCUGUUUUGCCCCUGAUGUUGUGAAGGAUGAGGAGGCCAGGACCAAGAAGUUCGUCAGAGGUCUCAGGCUAGACCUCCAGGGUAUUGUUCGAGCCCUCAGGCCAAGCACCCAUGCUGAUGCUUUACGUCUGGCACUAGACUUGAGUCUGCAUGAGAGAGCUGAUCCGUCCAAGGCUGCCGGUAGGGGGUCAACCCUUGGUCAGAAGAGGAAGGUUGAGUUGCAGCCUGGCGUGACACCGCAGCGAAAUCUGAGGUCAAGAGGUGUCUUCCAAUGGCAUCGUCGGGAGCUUGCAGCAGUCGUGAGGACCUUGAGAGAGCUACCCGUUUGUCCUAGCUGUGGGAGAGUUCAUGGAGGUCGUUGCUUGGCCGGAAGCAGAGUUUGCUUCAGGUGCAGGCAACCAGGGCAUACCGCUGACGCUUGUCCUCGAAAACUCAUUGAGACUACCCCGCAUCAGCGUCCUGCUUCUUAG